AUGAGUGAAGACUCAGAUUCGCCUCUAAUAGAUAACAGUUUAUCUUACAUACCGGAGGGGAAUGACAACGAGCGUUUGCCGUGGGAGUUUAGUGACGAGGACGAGGAAAGGACGAAGAGGAGUUCGCCAAAGGACACAGACUCCACUUUGACGCCGGUGACGACGGCGACGAACAGUGACUUUAGAAAUAGCGACUUGCGAGAUGACUUCAGACCAGUCAGCGGAUCAAUUGAGUACUCGCGGCGGGUCGCCGAAGACAGUUUGGAAUUCCGGCGAGAAAGCGCGUUCCGAAUAACUCCGGGACCGGGCCGGGCCUCCGUGGACCCCAUUCGACUCACAGACGUCGCCGCGAGGUCUCCUGACCUGAUGCUUAGAGCCAAUGAAUUUCGUUUAAGGUCUCCAGAUCGCAUCCGGGCACUCGCCACCGAACACUUCCGGACAGGCACGACUGACUACGCCCGAGUGGGGAGCACUCUGGGCGAAUUCGGCCACCAGGAGCACGUUCGGGAGCAGGCCCGAGAACCGGCUCGGGACCACGCAAGUCAGUUCACGAACGCAAGUCCACACACCAGCGCAAGUCAGCACGGGAACGCAGCAGGUCCCUGUGCAAAUGUAGGUGCAAACGGAAAUGCGAAUGUAGGUACGAUCGCCGGUGCAAACGCAGGUACGAUCGCAGGUCCUCAGAUCAAAGGUGGGAGGGAGCACAUGCGGUCGCCUGAAACGCCGAACAAAGGUAGGACAGAGAACGCGGUCCGGUACUCACCCGACUUUGCCCGGUCGCCCGACUUUGCCCGGUCGCCCGACUUUGCCCGGUCGCCUGACUUCGCCCGGUCACCCGACGCGCGGCGAGUCCCGCCAGAACGGAGCCAGCGGUCUCCGACGGACUUGGCUUCCCGGAAACAUGCGUUGCGAACGACGUCACCAGGUUGCGGCUUAGGACCUCUGGAUUCUUUGACCCCUGGAGACCUGAACCACCGACGGAAGCCGUCCACGUCGACGUUGAGCAGCAUUGCUGGGACGCAAGAGUUCGCUUUGCCUCCUUCAUGGCAGGAGCUAGAUCCCUUGGCGGAAAGCGGACUUAAUUCCAUUGCGGCGCGACUAGCCGCAGACUCCUGGGCCUCACAGUGCAGUGCUCUCCAGGACGUCCGCAGGCUCGUGCUCUUCUCCGCCGAGGACCUGGACAUGACCGUUCGGAAGGGCGUCACUCUCGCUAGCUACGUGGUUUCGAGAAUCAACGAAUUCGUCGACUCGCCGCGCUCACUCGUCUCCAAAAACGCGCUCGUGGCCCUCCACGACAUAUUCCUCUUCAGCCCCGACCGCGUCCAAGGCACUCUCGUCUGUGAAUCUGUCCACGGCACUCUCCGACGCGCAACCUGCAGCUCCUUCAUCGCAGAAGAAGCUCUACGAUGCCUCAAACAGAUCGUUAUUUCCGGAGAUACCCUCUGUAUCUUCUAUGCUCUGACUAUGACAUUGACCAAACAAGCACGUACCAAUUGCACUUUGAGAGGGGUAUGCAUCUUGGCGGCGGGACUCUUCUUGUUGAGGCUCAAGUCGACUGGUCUUAAUGCCGUGAUUCAGCACAAGGAUUUCACCCACUCGUUUCUGAAGCCCAUUCUCAGAGCUGCUAACGACGCCAACCCCGAUUGCCGUUAUGCGGCUGCCCAGUGUUCCAUCAUCUUGCUCAAGUAA